GUGAGUUUUUAUUUACGAUUUCUUCUCUCAAGUUCUCAAACAAAUUUCAUUAAUUAUGGAAGUAGAUAACGAUGAAUACUUCAAAAGUUAUGAAGAUUUGGACAUCCACGAGUUGAUGCUUAAGGAUAAACCAAGAAAUGAAGCGUAUAGGAAUGCUAUCAUGUCAAAUAAGAAGGUUUUUGAGAAUAGUUAUGUGCUAGAUGUUGGAUCUGGAACAGGAAUCUUGUCAAUUUUUGCAGCACAAGCUGGAGCCAAGAAGGUAUUUGCUGUAGAAGCAUCAAAAUUGGCAGAUUUAUCAAGAGAAAUUGUAAAGGAGAAUAAUUUUGAAGACGUGAUUGAAGUUGUAAACUGCAAAAUUGAAGAUUUCAAACUUCCAGAAACAAUUGACAAAGUUGACAUCAUUAUAUCUGAAUGGAUGGGAUUUUAUUUACUUCAUGAAAGUAUGCUGGACUCAGUUUUGCUUGCUCGAGAGCGAUUUUUAAGGCCAGGUGGAUUAAUGUUUCCGGAUAAAGCGAUAAUUUACAUAUCACCAUGUAAGCUACCAUCAUUAUUCGAUGACUGGGAGAACGUUAGUGGCAUUAAAAUGACAAAAUUUGCAAAACAAUUGAGAGCUCAAAAGUCAAGCAAGCCAGAAAUACAGACAAUCAAAAAUGAUGAUUUACUUUCUGAGGAUACAGUAAUGGCCUUUCUAGAUCUUAAUGAUGUAUCAUCAAGUGAAUUAGAUUUAUUUGAGUUCAAUGAAGUUCUUGUAGCUAAAAAUUCAGGAAACUUCCAAGGCAUGUGUAUCUGGUUUGAUGUCUUAUUUCCAUCUAAUGACCAUGAAGUAAUUUUAUCGACACAUCCAAAAGAUGAACCGACUCACUGGAAACAAACAAUCAUACCUCUUCCAUCUAAUAUUGAAUUUCUUGAGGAAUCAUAUCCAAUUGCAUUUAAAUUAAUAAUCCAGAGAAAUCCAGAGCACUUUAGACGUUACAACAUUUUAUUGGAGAUUUUAGAUCCUGAAAGUGAAGAUGUUCAGCAUCCCUUACCAUGUGACUGUAAUUUAACAAAAUGUAUCCUUACAAAGGCACAUUUAGCUAGUCUAGCUAAUCAAAAUAACUUUGAAAAUGCAUAAUAAAGCCU